CGCUGCCCCGGGUUGGUCUUCGCUGCGGUCGCGACCCCCGCCUGUCCUGGCGCCGCCAUGGACCGCAUCGAGGGAGCGUCCGUGGGCCGCUGCGCCGCCUCACCCUACCUGCGGCCGCUCACGCUGCAUUACCGCCAGCCUGGGCAAGCCCCCAGCGUGGGAUGAGCAGCUCCUCUGGGCCUCGGAGUGGCAGAUGGGCUGAGCUUGCCGGAGAUGGGACCCCGUGGGACCCCAGGCCCAGCCCCCAAGAUGGGAGUGCAUCUCAGAAUCCGUCAGUUCCAGCCUCCCCCAGCAGGCCCAGCCCACACACCUGCCCACCCAGGGUGCAGGGGCCUGCCAGGGCGGUGUGCCCAGCGUGUGGGCAUGGGAAGGUGGAGGGUGGCCACAGGAGAACAGGACCACAGGAACGGUGCCCAGAAGUCCUGGGACUUCAUGAAGACGCAUGACAGCGUGACCGUUCUCUUAUUCAACUCGUCUCGGAGGAGUCUGGUGUUGGUGAAGCAGUUCCGGCCAGCUGUGUAUGCGGGCGAGGUGGAGCGCCACUUCCCAGGGUCCCUAGCAGCUGCAGACCAGGACGGGCCCCGGGAGCUGCAGCCAGCCCUGCCCGGCUCAGCGGGGGUGACGGUUGAGCUGUGUGCCGGCCUUGUGGACCAGCCUGGGCUCUCGCUGGAGGAAGUGGCUUGCAAGGAGGCUUGGGAGGAGUGUGGCUACCACUUGGCCCCGUCUGAUCUGCGCCGGGUCGCCACAUACUGGUCUGGAGUGGGACUGACUGGCUCCAGACAGACCAUGUUCUACACAGAGGUGACAGACACCCAGCGUAGUGGUCCAGGUGGGGGCCUGGCGGAGGAAGGUGAGCUCAUUGAGGUGGUGCACCUGCCCCUGGAGGGCGCCCAGGCCUUUGUAGACAACCCGGACGUCCCGAAGACCCUCGGCGUCAUCUUUGGUGUCUCGUGGUUCCUCAGCCAGGUGGCCCCCAACCUGGAUCUCCAGUGAGACUCCAGGGUUCUAGACAGAGGCCAGUCUUGGCCACUUACCCUACACCCUGCACGCCCAAUAAAGGCUUACAUAGCUCCA